GGCGGUGGCUGCUCCUGGGCGUAGGAGGAGAUCUUAUCAGGGCUAGGUGUGUGUGGAGUUUCAGGCUGCCUCAUCACCCCCCAUCUCUCCACCUCCCGUUGGGCCUUGCCCCUCAUCCUCUAUGCAGGAAGUGGGCUCGCUCUGGGUUUCAGUCUGUUGCUGGCCUAGCUGCUGUCUGCUACCUAAGCUGCGGAGCAGGAGAUGGCCGUGGACCCAGUCUCCAGUGGGACUGCAGGGACCGUAUCGCCACAACCCCAUGACGCAGCCAGGGCUCGUGUUCUCAGCUCCGCCUCUCAGAUGUGAUGGCUGCCAUAGCUCUGUCCUGGCGCCUGUCUCUCUGCCUCCUCCUUCUGGCCCUGGCUACACCUUGGGGGUCUACAGCGGCGAAAGAUCGUCCCCAUCUUAAGUGCUUCUACAACUCGAGAGCCAACAUCUCCUGCCUGUGGAGAGAGGAAGAGACCCAUCUCGGCCCCCAGGUCACGUCCUGCAAUGUCAGCGCCAGGUCGGACACCAGGAACUGGAACCACAUCUGCAAGUUUUAUCUGGAGGGGCAGGCAUCCUGGGCCUGCGACCUGGUGCUUGGGAAGCCAAAUUCCCAGAAACUGACCGCCGCGGACGUCCUCAACAUGAGCAUGGUUUGCUUGGAAGGGAAGGGCUGGAGCAUGGUGGAGACCUACAAUUUUCAUCCCUUUGAGAACCUUCGCCUGUUGGCCCCUCAUUCCCUCCGAGUCCUGCACAUUGAAGCCCACAGAUGCAACAUAAGCUGGGAAGUCUCCGAGGUCUCCCACUACAUUGAAAAAUAUUUGGAAUUUGAGGCCCGGAAACGUUCUCUUGACCAGAGCUGGGAGGAUGUACGCCUGCUAAGCCUCAAGCAGUGGCAGCAGUGGCUCUGCCUGGAGACGCUUGCUCCUAACACUUGGUAUGAGCUUCAGGUGCGGGUCAAGGUCCAACCAGUUAAAUCCAAUACCCGGAGUACCUGGAGCCCCUGGAGCCAGCCCCUGACCUUUAGGACAAAAGCCUGGACAGAUCCUGGGGAGAAGACUCUUCCCCUAGCAUGGCUCAGACACCUUCUUCUGGGCCUCGGCUGUGGUUUAGGCUUCUUGGUGUGUGUCUGCCUUUUGAUCAAGUGCCCGUACCUUGGGCCAUGGCUGAAGAAGGCGCUCAAGUGCCAUAUCCCAGAUCCCUCCAAGUUCUUCUCCCAGCUGAGCUCCCAGCAUGGAGGAGACCUUCAGAAAUGGCUCUCCUCGCCCAUGCCCUCAUCCUCCUUCAGCCUUACCGGCCCUGCCCCUGAGAUCUCUCCACUGGAAGUGCUUGACCGAGACACCAAGGCCAUGCAGCUGCUCAUGCUACAGCAGGACAAGGUCCCCUUAUCCUCCCCCGGCGGCCACUCACAGGGCAGCUGCUUCACCAACCAAGGCUACUUCUUUUUCCAUCUGCCCGACGCCUUGGAGAUCGAAUCCUGUCAGGUGUACUUCACCUACGACCCCUGCACGGAGGAAGAUGUGGAGGAAGACGGGCCUGGGCUGCCCGAGGGAUCUCCCCUCCCCCCUCUGCUGCCCCUGGUGGGAGAACAGGAUGACUACUGUGCCUUCCCUCCCAGGGAUGACCUGAUGCUCUUCUCCCAAAGCCUGAGCUCCCCCAGCGAUGCCUAUGGGGGCAGCACAGAGCCUGAGGAAAGGCCUCCCCUCUCCCUGCAGGAGGGACUUCCCAUCCUCUCGGCCCCUGACCUGAUGGGCUCACAGCGCCCUCUGGAGCUGGUGCUGGAAGGGGAUGGAGAGGGGCUGUCUGCCCAUAGCUUUGGGGAGCAGGACGGUGUCCCUGAAGGCAGCCUUCAUGGGCAAGGUCAGGACAGAUGCCAGGGCCCUGCCCUGGCUCUGAACACGGAUGCCUACCUGUCUCUUCAAGAACUGCAGGCCCAAGAGCCAGUGCACCUGGUAUAGGCAGGUGGGCAGGAUGGAGAUCCAGCUGCCUGGGUAAGGUCAGGCUGGAGGGAGACUGGUUGAGGGUUCUCCUGAGGACAGUCCACUGUGGAAGACCGUCCCUGGUCAUCCCCACCCCCAAACCUAGUCAUCCACUUCUCAGCUCCACUUGCUGCUUCCUGGUCCAGCCAGGAGCUGAGGUGGGGAGGGGGCGGUCAGCUCCGCCUUCCUAUUUAGUCAUGAGGUCACUAGCUUCCUGUACCCGCCUCACUGGCCCCUGCUCACCUUCACAGGGCAGCCAGAACUCGCCUCCCCAGACACAAAUAUGACCUUGCUACCCUUCUGUCCUUGAGCUUGCUGUGGUUCCCUGCUCCUCUCUGCAUCAUUUCAGUCCCAACUCUUGCCCCACCAGCACCGCUGUGGAAGCAGCUGUCUUCACGGAGGGAUGUGAGCUGUCAAUGUCCUAAUCAGAGCAAACAAAGGGGUCCUGAUAAGACGGGAGGCAGCUGUCACCUGAGAUUCUAGCCAUGCCCCUGACCCACUCCCAUCCCCCAGCUAUGUAACUCUGCCCCUGGUGCGCGUGUCUUGGGAGAUGCUGGCAUAAGUGGCGGGGGGAAGGGUUGACUGGGGUGAGGGCUCUGUCUAUGUAUCUACAGGAACAUCGAUUCUGGGGUGGGUUGUUUUUUUUUUUUUCUGUGAAGCAGCUGCUUUGGGGUCUCCUAUGUCUCUGUAAGUAAGCCUAGCAGACUGAAAGGCUCACCAAGCUGGACUUGAGUGCACUUGAUGUCGUAUCUGGGAGAAGCACAGAAAAGCUUACACAACAAGCAUGGUGUCGGUGCUGCCCUUUGUGGAAACCUCACAAGGAGCCUCUGGGUCUCCUGGGGUCCCCCGCUCUUGGCUUACACCUUCACAGGCACUGUUCAUUGAGCCUCAUCUAGAUGUCAAACGUCCCUCAUCUUCAGGCUUCUCUUGAGCCUCUCUCGAGGGAGCUACUGCUUUCCUAAGGUACUCAAACUUCGCCAUUUCAUUCCUGAAGGAGAUAAAGGGGACAGCUCCUGACCUGUAUUCCUUCUUCCGAGCUAUCACCUGGCUUCCCAAUGAUAGGCUCAGGAUGGACAUAAAGAGCUACACAGCAGAGGCUGUUGGACCUUUCCAUGACUAGCCUCACCCACGCAUGAGAUCCAGCAGCCCAGGCAGGAGAUCUCCCUCAGAUGAGAGGCACUACUCUUUACAGACAUCUCCGUCGGCACAGAGCCUCAGUUUUGGUCACUGUUUCAGAGUUGAUGGUGCAGUGGUGUUCAGAGCCCAUCUCAGAAAAGCAGAGACCCAGACCUAACUAAUGGAUAUCCUGCCCACAGUGCCUGCCUCAGGGCUCCUGCUUACUGCUUGUGGGCUGUCUGGCCACACCACAGGCCUGACCUAGCCAAUCAGGUUAUCGUUCAACCAAAAGUCCUGGGAGCAGGCUCUUGGGACAAGCAAGAAGAGAUGAGCCAAUGGAAAGGAAGUUCAGGCCCCACGUUUUUUCCUGCCUGCCAGGGGUCAGAAGUCUUGCUUCCUUAUGUAUGAAACUCCACACAUCCCCUCCUGCCACGGGAUGCUGUCUGUCACCAGGCUCCUCUGUCUCAGCGACAGAUGAGCCCGGAGCUCUGCACCCACAUUCUUGACUGUAUCCCAGGCAAGUAGGCAAACCUUUGGCGUUCUCUUGCCUUACCUCCCAAAUAAAAAUACAACCUAUUUCCACUGCAAAAGAGGUCUGGGAAGGAUUCAGGUCCCUCUCUUUUAAUCAUCUCUGCGUGCCAUCUUUGUAAUUAUUUCCUGGAAUGUUUUAAAACACGUUUACUUUUUUUAAUUAUGGUUUAAAUACAUGUAUUUACAGAUUUUUCUUCAUAUCGCUCCCGUGGCUGGAAAACCCAAUCUUCCUAUAAAUAAAAGGUGAUUGUAAAAAAGCAGAUACAAUAAAACUAUGUAAUGUGUGACUCUGA